UAGUCUUUUGUCCGUAUGUGGUCUUUUGUCGGGCGAUCACCGAGAGUCUGAGGGUAUUGAUAGAGCUGACGAAGUCUCACUCGGUAACGGUGAAGGGACACCUUGUCGAUUCCAGCAAAACUCUUCUCAUCGAAACGCCAAUGGCUGUGUACGUGGUGCAACCUCACCCGAUUCCCGCAGAGCCCCGGCGUGAAUAAUAAGGUUUGACUUUCACACGUUGGCGGGACGAACCGCGGGCGCAAUCGAUUUGCGGGGCAGCGCGUUCCUCGUCGCGUCUCUUCGCGACUUACAAGUUCUGUCGAGAAGCAUUCGCAACACCUUUUGCUCCCAUCAGCCGUCCCCAGAACUCACGACAAUGGCAGAUACGAUCAACGAGCUGUUUGCAUCGCCUGGUGCCACUCUCCCGCAAGAUGUCACGAACGAGCUGCUUACCACCAUGCGCCUGCAUUCUCUGUCCGCCCAGGAACUGUUCUACAAAUGGGAGAGUUACGUGAUCAAGAUGGGAGUGGACAACACCAACAUGGACUACAAGACCGUCAAAGAUUUUCGAAAGGACCUGCAAGACGCGUUGGAUCGGGAAUCCCGAGCCAAGGCCCAUGUCAUGCAAAGUGCAUCCAAGAGAACAGCGCAUACUCCGAGAGCCGCCGCCGUCGCCGUGAACGCUGACGAUAUCUAUGGCAUGCUCGACGGUAUGGCGAGUGGAACUCCUGCAUCGAGAAACUCGGGAGUGGCAAAGAGAAAGGCCAAUAAUUUCUCUACUCCCGCCGCCAAAUCGGUCAAGAACGGCGUACACAGCUCGCCCUCUGAUUUCAGGACACCCGCACUACCCAAAGAUGGUCAAGCACUGGCUUUCGAAGACCGCCAAAAUCCAGGCCAGGUGGUGGAGUCGCUCAACGAGCAUCUCCCCGCGGCCACCACGUCUUCUCUCGAGACUCCUACGGAUCCAAGGGUGAAGCUGAAGGCCAACACGGAAUUGCCCAAGUUUGCUUACAGAGGCAUGGCCAUGAAGCUUUCAGAGGCAUCUGAAAUCCUCGACGAUCGAAUCGACAACUUUACAGAUCUCAUUCAAGCCCAUCACCAGUUACCAGACCAUGCCUUUGGUAAUCCGGCUGCUCAGUCCACUGCGGAAGUUGUCGCGGUCGGACGUAUCGCCUGCGAUGUACCGAAUGGUAAGCUCAACCCCGCGAGCUUGUGCCUGGAGACGAGCAGACGGAUGGGCGCCGGUCUCAGGGUUCCUCUCAAACUCGAAGGUCUUAGCUUCGACUUUUUCCCCGGCAAAAUCGUUGCGCUGCGUGGGACAAAUGUCAGUGGUGAAUACUUCUCGGCCACCGAGGUCUUGGAGAUGCCUUCGCUGCCGGUUGCGGCCUCGACGCCAGACGAGCUUGAUGUACACCAUGCUCGUCUCUCCGGUGAUCAGCCAUUGAGGAUACAUGUUGCCAGCGGUCCAUACACGACGGACAGCGACCUCUCCUUCGCCGCCUUGCACGCGCUACUAGAGCAAUCCGAGGCGCAGAAGAGCGACGUUCUCAUCUUGACCGGCCCAUUCCUGGACCUCGAGCAUCCGCUGGUGGCUUCUGGAGAUUUCGAGGAUCACCUUCCGAGUGAUGCGAAAAUUGAACCGGACCGAGCGACAAUCAACGACGUCUUUCGCAUUCUGAUUGCACAGCCGCUGCAAAGACUCGCCCUGGCUGUGCCGGCCAUCACAAUCAUCAUGGUGCCGUCGAUGCGCGACGUGAUCAGUCGGCAUGUCUCUUGGCCGCAAGAUCGAUUUUCGAAGCAGAAUCUGGGCCUGCCGAAACAAGUGCAAGUGGUUACCAACCCCAUCACACUGUCAAUCAACGAGAUGAUUGUCGGUAUCAGCAGUCAAGACGUUCUCUCCGAGCUACGGAGAGAGAAUGUAUGCCAGUUCGCCAAAGGACAGUCUAUCGGGGACGAUGUGCUGGCAAGGCUGUCUGGCGCGGUAAUCGACCAACGACACUACUUCCCCAUCUUUCCUGCGCAAGCACGGGAAAGCCUGCCAAACCCUACAGCCAUACCCGGCGAGACGCCCGAAGUUGGCGGAGAGGAGAGACUGGCCGUGGGCGCAAGCUUGGACAUUGGGUACCUCAAGUUGGGAGAAUGGUUGAAUGUUCGGCCAGAUAUUCUCAUCUUGCCGAGUGUGCUGAGUCCAUUUGCAAAGGUAGUGAACUCGGUUGUUUGUAUCAACCCAGGCACACUGAGCAAGAAGCGCGGUACUGGCACUUUCACCAGCCUGAGUGUCCAGCCGCGCACCGUGUCUGCCGAAGAGAGGGAGGCGGGUGAGCCGUUGGCGCAUAACCUGUUUCAGAGGGCGAGGAUCGAUGUCGUCAGGAUUUAGAAACCGACCGUCGGGUUCAUAGAAGCAUCAAUGCAUUAGAAGCCCUUGUUCUCCUCAUCAUCAAAGUUCGCCCGACGUGCGGUGGCGCUCUGAACAAGAAGCAGUGGCGUG